CCGCUCAGAUCCGACGGCUUGUUCGGUGAAAAAACGACCCUUUUAACCGCAUGGAUGGAGCGAACCGACCUGCAGAUAAACUUAGAAAAUGUUCCAACCUGGUGUUGAUGUGUGGCUCUUCGUCUGUUCACUAGAUAACUUCACAUUGAUUUCUCAAACAACUUCUGCUGAUUUUAUGGUUCUUCCAGCUGCUCCAGGCAGCGAGGUUCUGUUCCAGUCCGACCAAUACUGUCCUGAUAUGUAAAGUGACCUCCGAUGGACACGUUAUAUUUGCAGAAUACAACCUGAAAGAAAUGCGUACACAAUGAUGGCUUUGUUUACUUUGGUAAAGCCUCCUUCCACCGGCCAGCGCUUUCCUCUCCAUUUAAACGGUUAACUCCUCCUCACCGCUCGUCAGCACUUCUCCCCGGGUCACCGCCCGGCAGACAGAAAAGGAACGGACCCAGUGACACACAGGUGCGUCAGGUAGAUCUUCGCACCCGGAAGAAGGAAAACUCACUGAACGGAGCGACUGUGUUAACAGAUUGGGUGAUGGACAACAGGAACAUCCAGCAGGACUUCCAGAACCAGUUCAACGAUGUGGUCUCCAGACUGCAGUCCAAGCAGUUCUUCCAGUCUGACUGGGACAUCGCUUCCUUUGCCAUUUUCUUCAUCUUUAUCGGGAUGGUCCUCCUGCUGGUCCUCCUGGUCUUGAUCCGCUGCUGCUGCUGCUGCUGCGAUGAUGAGAAGCCGAGGAGGAGGAAGGUUGGUGUAGACAACAUGGCUUUGGAGCCCUGAAGCCGGCCCGGCGGGAUCUGCAUGCAGGGCCUCCUGGUCCUCUCUGUGCCAAACUCCAGCUCAAACUCUGCCAUCUGAGAUGUAAAUGUUAGACGUCCUCAGUUUGCUGUGCAGCCAGCUGAAAGAACGUGAACAUGUCAUUUCUAAUAAACAUAUAAACACCCAGCCGUCUUAACAGCAUGUUUGA